CUGGAGGACUGCAGGAGGAGCCUCACACCAGCACUGGCAGCUCUGGAAAAAAACUUGAAGAAUACUGCGAUGACUAACAGGAUAUUGAUGGAAAAGAAGACAGCAUUCGCCCUGAGAUUUCAGUUCAAGUGUUUCAACAAUACACACAGUCACCAUUUCGAUGUCAUGCUGUGCUAUGAUACCCUGGGCCCCAGGCCAUCCAAAGAUGACAAAGGGAUGCUGUUCAGGAGGCUGUGUAACUGCGGGCACAGUGACGAGGCUCAGCUGCUCUCCCUUUCCCUGCUGCAAUACCAGGUGGAUUUUGUGAAGGCUGCUACACUGGGAGUCAAGAAUCUAAUCCGUUUGGUUAAACACUGGUUCAGGACAUCCUUUGCCAAACCCAGCCAAGAAAACAGGUUCCGCCGGCUGCCCUCCUCCUACACUGUGGAGCUGCUCACCCUGCAUGCCUGGCAGCUGGCUGGGAAGCCCAUCUUCUUCAGCCUGCUCCAGGGCCUGAGAGCCGUCCUCAGACUCCUGCUGCGCUGCUCGGAGCUCUGCAUCCUCUGGGAUAAGCUCUACACUCCCUACUGCCAGGGAGUCAGGAGGACACUGCAGGAACAAACCAGGCCAUUUAUUCUGGACCCAGCCAAUCCGACAUUCAACGUGUGUGAGAACUGUAAUGCCUGGGACGAGGUAGCCGUGGUUGCCCGGCAGAGCCUGCUGAAGCCUCUGCUGAAUGGUGUGCAGGCGAGUGGCCCCUGGCUCCUCACAGACUCCUGGUAG